CGUGUAGUGGUGACGUCAGUCGUGGGGAGUACACACCACGGUGUGCAGGAGUAGAGUCAGUUGAGUUUGCGCUUCACGCUGCAGUUUUCACUUUUCACGCGUCUCUUUAGCUCGCGGGAAAUUCGUUUUGUUUAGAGUCCGUGGCGCAAAAUGAUCGCCGUUCAGCGCGCGUGAUCCUGAGGUCCUGAUCUUGAUCCCCAUUAUCAGCGCACCUUUACGCAGGUAACAGGGAGAACUUCCGGAAGAACAAGCAGAUCGGGUCACCGCUCGAGCAGAGAUUUUAUACGAUUUGAAAUCAAACUCGAGGAGAGAUUACCGGGACGAUCAUGUCGGAUCUGAAGAAGAACAAGUUAUUUAUGCUGCUGAUGGAUGUUAUCUGUGCGUUAGUGGUGGCGAUGCCGUUCAUCAUCAUGACCCUCGUUUACAGGCCGUACCAGCGUGGAGUUUACUGCGAUGAUGAGACCAUCCGCUACCCCUACAGACCAGACACCAUCUCCCACAAAAUGAUGGCUGCCGUAACCAUUUCCUGUUCCAUUAUCAUCAUCACUUCAGGAGAGGCAUACCUGGUCUACACCAAACGGCUGUAUUCCAAUUCAGGCUUUAAUCAAUACGCCGCUGCGCUCUACAAAGUGGUGGGGACAUAUAUUUUCGGCGCGUGCGUCAGUCAGUCUCUGACCGAUAUGGCCAAGUACACCAUCGGACGAUUGCGGCCCAACUUUAUAGCCGUGUGCGCUCCAGAAGUCUGCAACGGCUACAUGCUGGAGAUAAACUGCACGGGAAACCCUCACAACGUGACGGAAUCCAGGCUGUCGUUUUACUCCGGUCACUCCUCCUUCGGGAUGUACUGUAUGUUGUUUCUGGCGCUUUACGUCCAGGCCCGUAUGGCAUCCAAGUGGGCUCGCCUCCUACGUCCCACAAUUCAGUUCUUCCUGGUGGCCUUUGCCAUUUAUGUGGCCUACACGCGUGUGUCUGACUACAAACACCACUGGAGUGACGUGGUCGUGGGUCUUCUGCAGGGGGCGCUGGUGGCCAUCCUCACGGUGCGAUACGUUUCUGACUUCUUUAAAGAGCGACCCCCGCGAUGCCAGAACGCAGACACUGCUGAAAGCGAAGACAUCGAACGCAAGCCCAGCCUUCAGAUCGCAGACGCCGAGAGAAACAAUCAUUACUCGUAUAGCAGGCCUGUAUGAGCCUGACCUUUGACCCUUGAACCCAGCGUAAGCACGCUCGCGCAGAACCACUGGAUGAUGCGUCCUCUACCAUCAUGUCUUGCACAACAGCACACGACGCUGCUCAUACGCAUACACUGGCACUGACUAUACUACGAUCCACAGGAUUAUACUCCCCAUUUCAUGUAGAGAGAGAGCGAUUGCAUGAACUAACACUGAAUAUUAUCUUUUAUACUCACAUGACCGCGUUUAUUUUGUAUUGUCUCAUGCAUACUCAUAUACGCCGUGUGCACAGGAUCCAGUCUAUAACGCAAUGAGGGACUUUAUUGUAUCGUAGUUCAAGAUUGACAAAGUUCUGUUGUUUUUCUGUCUGUGGCUUUUAACCGAGGUUGUUCAUGAAAAACGUAAAGUUUAAAUUUGAUCCAGUUUAUAUAUGAACUGGAUUACAGUGAUUUUUAAAAUCUUUUAUAAACAAAUGUUGGUAUAUUAUUGUGGCGGUAGAUUUAGGGACCUUUUUAACCUUUUGGUUGUUUUAACUGCAUCUGUUUAUAGCCACAUCCAUCUGCAAAAAAUCAAAGAGAGAGAUUAUGACUAAUUCUUUAUAUAUAGGUUUUAUUUUAAUGUUUCAUGUCAUGUAGACUUGGUGUAAUGUUGGCAGAAUAAGUAUCACUGACUAACCACCUGUGUGACUCAAACUAUCCACAAAACAAUAGAAGAUCAGCAAAUAUUGAUAAUCAGGUGAUAAUAAAAUACUGUAGCGUUUACUCUAGUAAACUGUAGUAAAAUUCCUAGACGCCAUAGUUUUGACCCUUACCGUAGUAAAUAUUAAAGUAUACUGUUGUAUUUACUACAGUCUAUCAGAGUUAAUGCUCUUAAUGUUUAUGUAUGUAUAUACUGUAGUAUACACUAUUUAUAAUGUACUACAGUAAAUAUUAUAGUAUGCUAGAGUAUUUUGUUUCCUGUGGGAAGUGUUUGUCUCUGCGAACAGACAUCAGGACAGAUGAGAUUAAAGCUCUUUAAUGCUCAAAACCUUUCACAUUCUCCAGUGGUGCAAAGGAUUGUGGGCAAUAUUAGCCCAUUAAACAACACUGGUCCAGACGCACUUCCUGUUCCAGUUUUCACAAAUGUUAGAACUAAAUUAAAUGCGAAAUAAAAAAUGAAAGUACUUGUGUACAUCUUGCAAUAAAUCGUCCUCGAAUAUAAAUCCAACCCCCAGGAAUCGGCCAUCUGUGAUGUAAAUGUACCAAUCCCAGACUAGCAUACUAUUUAGGGUGGAUAGACAGUACGUGGUUUCUCUCUCUUUGUAAUCAUCCGAUCUAAAGUUUUUGUUGGUGUUGAAUGCAUCUGCUGUCUACUGUGAGUUGCUAUUGCUGCAAAAUGUUCCAAAAUGACUCCAACAUCAGCCCCGCUGAGCUCAUAUGUAGUGCACUUUCACUCUGAAUGUGACAAAGCUCAUGGCUCACUUUUGCCAAUAUUUACAAAAAGGUUUUGUUGAACAUUACAGUGGCGUGACUUGUGUAAUGUUAUUAUUCUUCGUGCAUCAUUUCAUACUACAUGCAAUACUUAUGCCUCAUAUUAUAAAAUCAUUUAAGAUGAACCGUUGAAGGUGUUUGAAAAUAGUGAAAUCAAAAUAAACCACAGUACCUAAAACAGACUUUUUCUUUUUCACUUUUUUUUACAUUCAUAUUUUCAAUAAGAUUUUGGGCUAAGUGUUAUUACCAAAACAGCAGGUAUGUCCAUUAUAACAAUACCUUCCAUGAACAAACACAUUUACUUUUCAUUUCGAAUCCAAACUUUUAAAAGUGGUUUCACAGCUAAAUUCACACUGGAGUAAAAUUCUGCUCUCUAAUAUUUAUUGUGAACAAUUAAAGCUACUGAACCUUAUUUCUUUUUUGUGAAAAGAAUUUCUAUUGUAUCCCACUUGUGAAGUUUGCAGCUCCAACCAAAAUGUAUCUGAACCAUUUAUUAUUUACUCCAAUUACUUGUUUGUAUUGAUUUUCUCAAGUUUUAUUGCGAGUGUUUAGCUUAUGUUGCACAUACGUUUUAUUCUUAUGUUUUGUAUGCGGUUAUACCUACAACUUCAGAUGAAUAAAAAUAGUUCAGCGUC